GCCAGGAAAUACUCUUCCCCCUCCUGAGAGUCUCCAAAGUCAUGGUUCUAUAAUGCUCCGUCGCUGGUCUUCAUUUCGAUCAACUUCUGUUACAGCAUUGUGUCCCCAUCUCACCAGUUCACCUGGCUCUUUUAUCGCUCAGUUCUGUCAUACUCCGACUAACCGAUUAUCCGCUUCCCUCUUUACCGCAACCCCACCCACGAAAAUGAAGCACCAUCUCAUGGUCGGUACCUGGACCCCUCCAGGUCGCAUCUACACGGUCGCAUUCGAUGAUGAAGCCUUGACCUUGGACCUGGUCAAGAAGACUGACAUUCCCGAGGCGGAGCCUAUUUCUUGGAUGACCUUCUCGCACGACAAAAAAGCUAUCUAUGGCGCAGCUAUGAAGAAAUGGAACAGCUUUGCUGUUAACAGUCCCACCGAAAUCGUUCACCAAGCCUCCCACCCAGUGGCAGGUCAUGAAUUGGCUGCCAGCGCCGACACAAACACCCGUGCGAUCUUCGUCCUAGCUGCCCACAAGCCUCCCUACAACGUCUAUGGCAACCCUUUCUACAAGUACGCUGGCUACGGUAACGUCUUCUCCACCAACGAGGACGGCAGCCUGCGUGAGAAUAUCCAGAACUACGAGUAUGAACCGAACACCGGUAUUCACGGCAUGGUCUUUGACCCCACGGAGACAUACCUCUACUCGGCCGACCUGCAGGCCAACAAGAUCUGGACACACAAGAAGGAUGCUACCACCGGGCAGCUGACUUUGGUCGACUGUCUCGAGGCGCCCGCGCCGGGUGACCAUCCUCGCUGGGUUGAGAUGCACCCUAGCGGUAAAUACCUAUAUGUGUUGAUGGAGGCAGGCAACCGACUGGGCGUCUACGUCAUCGACGAACGUACCCAUAAGCCCGUCUUCACCCACAUCACCUACCCCUUACUUCCUGACGGACUUCCCCCGCGCAACAAGUACCGUGGUGAUGUGACCUUCACCACCAAGAGCGGCGAAUAUCUUUUCGCAACCACCCGUGGAAACUCUUUCGAUAUCACGGGAUACAUCACAGCCUUCAAGUUGGGUCCUAACGGAAACAUUGAGCGGCAACUGUUCGUCCACCCAACCUCAACCAGUGGUGGACACUCCAACGCAGUAAGCCCUUGUGACUUCAGUGACGAGUGGCUGGCGCUGUGCGACGACCAGCUUGGCUUUGUUGAGAUCUAUCGCUUCCGCGACGAGAACCUUGCCCGGGUGGCUCGGUGCGAUAUCCCUGAGAUGGGUUUCGGCAUGAACGCGAUUUGGUAUGAUUAGAAGUGCAGAUGCCUGUAAAGUACAUAGAGUAG